AUGAGAUUCAUUACAUUGGCUUUGGGGCAUGGGGAUACAAAGAUAUCAAAAACUUUUCAUGAAGGACUAUAUGAUAUAAGGAUAAAUUGUUAUCCACCAUGUCCAGAGCCUGAACAAGUUCUUGGGAUUGAUCCUCAUGCCAACAAUUCUAGGAUCACUCUCUUGGUUGAUUUUGGUGAUUUUCAAGGACUGCAGUUUCUCAAAGAUGGAAAAUGGAUCAAUGUUGAACCAAUUGAAGGUGCCAUUGUUGCUAACAUUGGCCAUAUAAUGGAAAUAGAAAUUCUCAAUUUACUUGAGUUACUAAAGCCUGAGCUGCCUAAGGUUCCUGAAUUACCUAAGCCAAAAAUUCUUAAAGUGCCUGAGUUUCCAAAACCCGAGCUGAUGGACUACAGUCAUAGGGGAGUGAUUGUUAUGGUUCAAGUUGAUCCUUAUUAG